GUAUGUACAUACCUUUGUAUAAGCAGUAAUAGCAAACAUGCUGCUAAUGUAAUCGUUGAUUGACAAAGCGGUUUCCGACCCUCUGUCGUGUCAUAAACGCCAGCUUCAAAGUCAGCAAGGCAGUCGGUGAGAACUUAUGAUCCAGCCCUGCACUAUGGUGGAUACAAAGCAAAGUGUACUGCUCUAAAGUAACAUUUGCUUAUCACUUGCCUCAAACAAUACGUCCCGGCCUGAGCGUGCUGCGCUUGCUUUUGUAUUUUUCUUCAUUUUGGAUUUCCAUCUUCUCCUGCUUCGAACUCGUUACGAUAUACAUUUGCUGCGAGCACUCAACUUAAGAAUACCAACAGCUUGUCUACAUACGUAUCAGACUUACUCCCAUAAGUGGGUGUGCUUUGUGUAAACUGAUAUGGCGUCCAUAUGUAAGCUAGAGUUUGUACGUAGGUACAUUUUUAAUUUAAAAAAGUUGAGGAGCACUUAAAAAAAAUUACAAAUCAGCAAAUUAAAAAAAGCGAAAGACGGACAUUCGACUGUGGAACAAAGCAAAGAAGAAGAGACGGGGAAAAGCUGCAAAAAGAGCACAACGGCGUUGAACUUCAAGUCGGAAUCUAAACUUAAACUGAUAAGAAGCCGCUAAACGUUAAGUGGCUAUUAUUUGCUAUAGUCCUACACACAAAUAUACAAGUGCGAGUACAUUGUCGUGUGGAGACUGCUGCUGUUGCUGCUUAUUUUAGUUUGAAAUUAGAAUUGGAACGCAGCUCUUGCGUCUGUGACACGCGAUACGCGCAGUCUGAGUGGCCUAUCAGCUCUCCUCCCUCUACUACUGGGUGCAUACAAAAACAAAACAGUAUAAAAACUUUACUUAUCUAGUAAUAGAAGCGCGUAUAUAAAUCGCUUACAACCAUCGACAGGAGGCGGCAUUAAUAGUUCACCUGUAAUAAAGUGCAAAUAGACAGCGCAUAACAGUCAUAGCUGCGCGAAAUAUAGAAUCAGGAAGAGCCCCAGCCAGCACUUCAUUUGUUCAAUGAAAGUGAAAGUGAAUUUCGAAAGCAUUUCUACCGGUUUAAAUUGCAGUCUUUUGAAGGCUUCGCCGCAAUGUUCUUAAAUAUCCUUUUUCUACUGUUGGUGUCAUACCGAGCUACAGAGGCGCUGGAAAAUGGGCUAGCAAGGACACCACCUAUGGGAUGGAUGCAUUGGGAACGCUUCCGCUGCAUCACCGAUUGUCAAAAAUAUCCAAAUGAGUGUAUAAGUGAAAAUCUCUUCAAACGCACCACUGACUUGCUGGUCUCGGAAGGAUAUGCUGCUGCCGGUUACGAAUAUGUCAUUAUUGACGAUUGUUGGCUGGAAAAAUAUCGCGAUAAUGCAACAAAUAAACUAGUAGCUGAUAGAUAUCGCUUCCCCAGUGGUCUCAAUCACUUGGCUGACUAUAUACAUAAUGCUGGCUUGAAAUUCGGUUUAUAUCAGGAUUAUGGCACUCACACCUGCGCCGGUUAUCCGGGUGUCAUCAAUCACAUGGCACUGGAUGCGCAAACCUUUGCCGAGUGGGAUGUAGACUAUGUAAAGUUGGAUGGUUGCUAUGCAGACACGUCAACAAUGGAUGCUGGUUAUCCGGAAUUUGGACGACUACUAAACGAAACUGGACGCCCAAUGGUAUACUCGUGCAGUUGGCCGGUCUAUCAGGAAUAUGAGGGCAAAAUUAUGAUCCGGAUAUGCUGAUUCUGGGAAAUUAUGGUCUCAGCUAUGACCAAAGCAAACUACAAAUGGCGGUUUGGGCCAUAUUAGCAGCACCGCUGAUCAUGUCCAACGAUUUGGCCGCGGUACGUCCUGAAAUCAAAGCGAUUUUGCAAAAUCGUGAGAUCAUUGCGGUGAAUCAGGAUCCCUUAGGUAUUCAGGGUCGUCGUGUGCUUAUACAAAAGAAUGUUGAAGUUUGGACACGUCCAAUUACGCCAAGGAAUGCAGCGGGGGAUUAUUCAUAUGCUGUGGCAUUUGUCAACCGCCGCGCAGAUGGCGCUCCCUAUCCGAUCGGUUUUAACCUAAAAGAUAUGGGAUUACGCAGCCAACGAGGCUAUGAUGUGGUGGAUCCGGAUAUGCUGAUUCUGGGAAAUUAUGGUCUCAGCUAUGACCAAAGCAAAUUACAAAUGGCGGUUUGGGCCAUAUUAGCAGCACCGCUGAUCAUGUCAAACGAUUUGGCCGCGGUACGUCCUGAAAUCAAAGCGAUUUUGCAAAAUCGUGAGAUCAUUGCGGUGAAUCAGGAUCCCUUAGGUAUUCAGGGUCGUCGUGUGCUUAUACAAAAGAAUGUUGAAGUUUGGACACGUCCAAUUACGCCAAGGAAUGCAGCGGGGGAUUAUUCAUAUGCAGUGGCAUUUGUCAACCGCCGCGCAGAUGGCGCUCCCUAUCCGAUCGGUUUUAACCUAAAAGAUAUGGGAUUACGCAGCCAACGAGGCUAUGAUGUGGUGAACCUCUUCGAUAAAUCACAAAAAUUAGGACUGUUCAGGCAGUUGGAUACAUUUGAAACACGCAUUAUCCCAAAUGGUGUCAACUUUUUUAAAUUCAGUGUAUUGAAUUAAAAUGGCAAUUAUUCUAUGUAUUUUAUAUACUUUUUUUUAACGAGUGUUCUUUUAAGGAAAAUAUGUUUGUACAAUUUUCAAGACUAAACACGCUGUUACACAAAAUGCUUUAAUAAAGUAAUUAAAUAAGAAAAAAAUAUAUGUAUACGUAAUUAUAUACAAACUAA